GUGGAGGAGGCAGACAGGGAGAAAGUGGAUCAGGGAGAGAGGAGUGAGAAGGGAGAGAGACUGGAGGCAGGGUGAAAAGGAGAGGACAGAGAGAGAGAGAGAGAGAGAGAGAGAGAUUACUGCAGAGAGAUACAGAGAAUUAGGUACCAAGAGGAAAGAUAUAGAGAGGGAAGACUCUGGAGGAGAGAGAGAGAGAGAGAAAGGAGAAAAGAAAGAGGGCUGCAGGUACCUUGUGAGAACCUGAUCUCAACCACCACCAGGAGCUGCUCAGAAGCUGAGACCUCUUCUGUCCACCUUUUGCCUGACCAUGCAGAGGAAAUUCUACCUGUUGUGGGGGUCUCUCCUGCUGUUCAUCUUCCAGCUCCACGUCUCUGGAGCCCACCCCAUCAUGGACCUGGACACUGACAGAGAUCUGGACUCUUUCAAGAAUAUUCUUGAAAAGCUGGAUGAGAAACUCUCUCUGAUAGAAGCUUUGGAAUCAAGUCCUGAUCUCCUGGAGCAAAGCCCAAAAGAUGUUGGUGUCCACCUGGCAUCUCCAGAAGACAGCGAGGCCCCUCGACCCGAAGCCAGGGUCACCCCAAAUAUCCGAUACUCCAUCAAGGACUCCUUCCUGAAGGGGCUGCGGUCGCUGCAGAACCCCAAAAUGAUGAGGGACUCUGGGUGUUUUGGGAGAAGGAUUGACAGAAUCGACUCCCUCAGUGGAAUGGGAUGCAAUGGAUUCAGAAGGAAUUGACCCAAACCGGACAGCAAAGGAUCUUCUGCUUCUCCAAACCUCGUACGAUGCUUCGCCUAAACAUUUCGAUUCUAUUUAUGACUGCCUCUUCAUAUUUAUUUAUUUAUAACUAUUUAUUUCAUGUUUUAUAAAUGCAUUUCGUAUAAUCCAGCACAUCAUAAUGCAAAAUAAAAUGAGAUUGACACUUUAAA